UUUGUUUGUUUGUGGGGAUACGAGACGAAGCACUCUCACUUUUCACUCUCUGCUAUCUGUCCAAGACCAAGACCUCCUUGGUUGGUAACAUUGACCAAACUGACGAAGGGCAAAUUAAUAACAACCCACCCACACACCAAAUUAAAAUCGGAAAACGAAUUGUAAGCAAAAGCAACUGAUUUAAAUGGAGGCCUUAAAGAAAGAGAAUGGCGAAUUACGCCACGCUAUCCAUCAAUUGUCGGUGGAGAAGGAACGCUUGGAGGACCAGUUAUAUCGGGCAUUUAGGAAAUGUUUGAAUACAAAAAAGAGGAAAAUUAGAGAACUGCAGGACGAAUUGGCCGCUCUGAGGGACGAGAACAGAGGGGGAGGACAAUCAAAGAAACCCAAGAGGAACAAUAACCUGGUGAUACUAUCUUGUUCCGACGAUGACGAAGACGACACCGACGUAGACGACGCUAUCAAGUAUGACCACGGACUCUUGCUUGGGGAUGAGGAAGAGAGUAAUACGGACAAAGAAGAUGAUGAUCUAGGGCAAAACGAUGAAAGACGAGAGGAUAAUAUAGUCAGUCUAUCGCCAACUGCACCGGCCACAAAUUCAUCUCAGACGCUGUCUAAUAAGAGCAAGACGACAAAUGACGGAAAUCAUGGUACGGAAGACACGACCUCAGUUGUUCCUGUGGACGUGGAGGAAGAGGAGGUAGAAUACGAUUUGGACGAACUCACCAAAGAUCUAUGAAAACGCCCUGUGUAAAUUAAUCAAAGAUGAACCGAGUGCCCACCAACCAAAGUAACCAUCAAACCAUUUAGAAAACAAUAAUUAUGAUGAAGUACACGUAUAAAAUAAUUACAUAAACACUUCUAUUUUUGCUACUACUCGUUCGUUCCUUCGCUGUGAUAAUGACAAUUAAUCAAUCAACACUCAUUUACUUCACAUUAAUUUACCAGUGAAUUAAUUACAUAAAUAAAAAUUAUUAUUUACCACAGUAUUUUAAUUAAAAAGUGGGUGUACGUAACUAGUUGUACAGAUAUCAAUAGUGAGAUUUAUAAAUAAAAUCGUUUGUUAAAUCCUU